AUGCAUUGCCAACAAGCCUUACCCUCCCGCAUCGUGUUGCUGAACAGCACCAGAGGAAGUCCGAUUGAGACCGCAGGGCAGGAGUUGAAACAAGGCCUUGACUUGAUUGUUGCAAAAAAUGCGUCUGUCUUGCAGUCCGGCUGCGAUGCUCCCUCAUUGGUGCUGGUGGCCACCGUGAACGAGUACCCCAAAAUAUGCAUUGGCCAAAUCGAUAUACCUGCGCUGGAUGAAGAUGGGUUUCGGUUACAGUCUCAGGGGGGCACCGUUCGAAUUCUAGGACAGAACGCCCGUGGAACCUUAUACGGAGCAUACGAGUAUCUGUCUAUGUUAGCCCAACGCAAUUUCUCGCAUGUCGCCUAUGCCACCAGUCCGCACGCGCCUAUUCGUUGGGUGAACCAAUUGGAUAACAUGGAUGGGAGCAUCGAAGGGGGAUAUGGUGGUGCCUCUAUAUUUUUCAAAGAUGGUACAAUCGUCGAUGACUUGGCACCGAUCAGGCAAUAUGCUCGACUGCUUGCAUCCAUCCGGGUUAAAGCAGUUGUCGUCAACAAUGUCAAUGCCAUUGCAACCCUGCUCUCAUCAGAGAAUAAGAAGGGUCUAGCUCGUAUAGCAGAUGCCUGCAGACCAUAUGGCGUACAGAUUGGUAUAUCGCUUAACUUUGCCUCCCCUGAAGACUUGGGGGGUCUGGAUACCUAUGACCCGCUGGACCCCAGUGAGCAAACCUCUUUGCGCUUCGACGAUAAUGUUGUCGUGCAGAUCAAGUACGGUCCAAUCGACUUUCAAGUGCGUGAGCCUCCAUCGCCUCUUUUUGCCAACCUCUACCACACCAACACAGCUAUCGAGCUGGAGGUCACACAAGAAUACCUGGGACAGCACCACCUGUCAAUGUCUAACCUUUAUGCGUACGGUCGUCUUGCGUGGAGUCCGACCAUCGACUCUGAGCAGAUUCUGACAGACUGGACUCGCCUCACCUUCGGACAAAUCGACAAUGUGAUCAACACAAUAAAUGACAUGUCGAUGGCAUCCUGGUCAGCUUAUGAAAACUACACCGGGAACCUGGGAAUACAAACCCUCACAAAUAUGCUAUAUACGGAUCUUUCCGUGACUCUAGCACAUACGACCAUAGGGUGUGGAGAACAGGGCUUCCCGUCCGCUCAGCCGUACUUAAGCCACACGCCGGGAGCCAACCGAGAACGCGGGGGCAACUGCGCCGAGGAAGAUACUGAUGGAUGCGACGCGAACGAUCCUCGACCGACCAGCUUCGAAACCGCGUUCAAUAACAACGGUGGCGGCGUCUAUGCGAUGGAGUGGAAGCCCGAUUGGAUGCGCGUUUGGUGUUUCCCUGGAAAUGACAUGCCGAGUGGCACAAGUGGACCUCUGGGGCCGUCCCCAGACCCGAAUACUUGGGGACCUCCGACGACGAGCUUUGACAGCCGGUAUGGUACCGACUGUAGUAUGGUGACGCAUAUAAAGGAGCAGAGGAUUAUCAUUGAUACGACCUUCUGUGGUCAAUGGGCUUCGGUGACUUGGUCUAGCUCGGGGUAUGCGGCUAGUACGGGGUAUAGUACCUGCGAGGCUUAUGUCAAGGAUGUGCCGAGUGCAUUUCGAGAUGCGUUUUGGACAUUCAAGUUGGUUAAGACGUACACUUGA